AUGAACGGGAUGAUGUCCUUCACGGGCACGAUGGAGGAGGAGUUUGCCCACGGCUCGGUCGGCACCAUGUUUUUGCUGAUGGGCCUCUCCUGGUAUCUGCUCUCAGAGUACAGCGGGCUGCAAAACGGGCUGCUCUGCUUUGCGAUCUGGGCCGGGUUUUGGAUCCCGACCGUCGUCAUGGGGCUCAGGCACCUGAUCCGCAAGGCGCAGCAGGAGGUUGCCGAGGAGGGCGAGAAGCGGCUACCGUGGCUACGAAAGCAGGCCGCCGGCGCUGCGAUCGUCGCCAAGCAGAAGCGAGAGGAGGGGGACGACGAGGCGGCCGAGGCGGCGGAGCGCGCGGCCGCGGACGCCAAGGCGGAGAUUGCGGAGAUCGAGGCGCGGGGCAAGAAGUUGCCAGUGGAGAUGGUGGAGGCCAAGAAGGAGAAGUGA